AUGGCCCCCAUCACCCUCGCCCAGACCCAGGAGGCCGCCGCCGCUCCUGCCCUCGUCAACGAGGAGCACAACCCGACCGUCACCUCGUACAUGUCGUGCACCGUCUCGCGCCAGGCCACCGACGUCGAGCUCCAGAACGAGGAGCACAACCCGACCGUCACGUCGUACAUGUCGUGCGUCGUCGCCUAA